GAGUAGAGGGAGAAAGAGGAAACUAAUGGGGUACAACAAUUCAUUGUUAGUAAUGAAUCCAAAGAAGGAAGAACAAGAAGUUCCGGAUGGUACUACCUCUGAAUUCGACGACACCAAAGGAAGCUACGCAGUUGGAGAGAUUGAUAUCAUCGAUGAAUUUGAUGGUAUUUUGGGGGAUGAGCAUGGAGGUUUGUCGGGAGAUACGAUAGAUGGUCAUCUCAGUUGGGACUUCAUGGACUGGGAAAGCGGAUUCCAGCAUGCGGAUGAAGAAGAAGAAGGUGAAGAGGAGGAGGGAGACCACAAUGUUUACAGUGCCCAAUGCUUUGAAGAAGAAAUCGAAUAUAACCAAGCUGUGAAGACAGAACAACUUGGUUUCUGGGAAUGGGAUGAUGAAAAAAGGGUCUCCCUCAACUUGAAUUUGAAUUACCAAGAUGUGUUGGAUGCAUGGUCGGAUCGUGGGCCUCUAUGGGCUGAUGAUUGUUCCAUUUCGACGGUCAUCAAUGGAAAUGGCUACUAUACGGGAGAAGUGCCAAUGAUGGAAGUAGAAGAAAGGAGAAGAAGGGAAGCGAGUGUUCUCAGAUACAAAGAGAAGCGGCAGACUAGAUUGUUCUGCAAGAAGAUAAGGUAUCACGUUCGCAAGCUCAAUGCGGAUAAACGACCCAGGCUCAAGGGCCGGUUUGUGAAGAGAGUUUCCUAAGUGAAGAAAACCCAUACGUUGUUUCAAAUAUCUUUUUGCAUGAUAUUUGUCUCAA